ACGGGGAGGAAUUCCAUGAUCUGCGCGUCUGGAAUUCGGAGAAACAAAGAGGGGGUCACAAGAAAGCUGAUCUUUAAACGCUUCUUUUAUCCGAGCCGAGGCUGCCCCGGGACAAAGCGCCCCUUUCAGAUACCAAAGGGCAGAAAGCGUGAACUGGCGGUCCCGGCCAUGUACGAGUCGGCGCUCCUCUCCUCCGAGCCCCCCAGCCCCAACCCGUACUUCGGGGAGUCGUCGGACACGUAUUACCAGGUGGAUCGCUGGCAGAAGAUCCGCACGGCCGUCAGGAAGCUGGAGUUCUGGGAGAGCUUCAGCGCGGAGCUGAUCGGGAGCGGCUUCUUCUCCAAGGUUUAUAAGGUGACCCCCGGCGCUGGGGCGAAGUGCAUGGUGGUGAAGAUUUAUAAGAAUGAGGUAGACGAGGAGGUGAUCGUGCGAGAGAUAAGCCUCUUGCAGAAGCUGUCUCAUCCUAACAUUGUCAGGUACCUUGGUGUCUGCGUGAAGGAUGAGAAACUCUAUCCUAUGCUGGAGUACGUGAAUGGGGGAUGUGUCGAAGAAUUAUUGGCCAGCAAAGACAUUUCCCUGAGCUGGAAAGAGAAAGUUGACCUGGCGUGUGACAUUAGUCGGGGUAUGGUCUACCUGCACUCCAAGAACAUUUACCAUCGAGACCUCAACUCAAAGAACUGCCUGAUCAGGUUGUCUCCCCGGGGCAGGGAAGCCCUGGUGACGGAUUUCGGUCUGGCGCGUGAAGUGGUCGAGCCGUCGUUGAAGAACGGGGAGCGGAAGUUGUCUCUGGUCGGCUCGGCGUUCUGGAUGGCUCCUGAAAUGUUGCGCGGAGAGCCGUACGAUCGGAAGGUGGACGUCUUCUCUUUCGGGAUCGUAUUAUGUGAAAUCCUCGGCCGAAUUCCCGCUGACCCGGAGAUCCUGCCCAGAACGAGGGAUUACGGUCUGGACGCGGACGCUUUCCGAGAGCUGAUCAGGGAUUGUCCCAAACGAGUCCUGGAUUUAGCCGUCAGCUGCUGUCGGCUGGAGGCCCAUAAGAGACCUUCGUUCGGUGAAAUCUUGGACGACCUGGAAGAGGAAGCGGAAAUGCUGGAGUCGCAGACGGCGCUGGAAGAAUCGGGGCGGGGGCCGUAAAACCCGGACUUUCUCUAACUUGUAAAUUGUACAGAAAUCUGGAAUCGAAAAUAUAUAUUAAAAAAAAAAAAUCCCAAAUGCGGAACCUUCUAUUUAUUAAAUAAACUGGAAUAUAUUUUUGUGGAUUUUCGCAUCCACGACUUUUUUCCUGUCGAUUUCACUCGAAGGCGGGGCUGCGGCUGACCAAUUGUCCUCUACUAUAUGACACCUCGCGGAAAGAUGGAUUUUCAUUGGCUAAAGUUUCUACCAAUUAUCCCGGGAGGCCCCGCCUCAUUUUGAAUCCAGUUUUAUUGCUUCUGUUCUAUGAAUUUCCCUCCAGAGACUCUCCCUCGUGUUUCUGCGAUACUUUGUGUCUGACGACCGGAUUUUGGGGGAAAUCAUUUAUGUUUGGACGCUGCCUUACAUCACAUAGUCUGAAUUUUCAGUUUCGUGUCGAUGGUAUUUUUUGUUUGUAUAAAAUUAUAUAUUUUUUUUUUUUGAUGGUUCUAACCUGGAAUAAAGUUUUCCAUUAAAUGGAUCUGACAAAUCACGUCUAAUGCA